AUGAACACGAUCCUAUUCACGACGACCGAGCCCUCUUCUCCUACUACUCCCCUUACUCCCUCCUACUCCGACGCUCUCCGAUAUCUCGCCGAAGUCGCCGCAGCACAAGAGUGGACCGAUGCCCUCGGUGCCAUGCGUACCUCUUCCUCGGCCAAACACAUCCCAGCCCGUCGCCGCCGUCACUCGCGCAAGGCAGCCAAGGCAGCCGCCGGCCCCCCGGGACUCCCAUCCGAAAUUAAGGAGCUUAUGCAAAAGGUACUGGUGACCAAGCAAGUUUCUGUCAAGAUCCCGGAUACGCCGCUUGCCGGUCCCUCGUCCUCGACGACUCCCAAGCCGUCCCUCAAGCUCGUGCCAUGGACGUACCCACCUAUCGACGAAGACGCCAUUGCUCCUCCUUCUCCCGUUGCCGGCGAGGGCCCGUCCAUGGCCAUGGGAUUCGACAUCGAGUCCUUUUCCUACGACUCCGAGGUCGACACUGAGCUCGAGACAGAAACAGAGACCGAGCUCGAGACCGAAGUCGAGUCGGACGUCGGUCCCCUCACCCACCGGCCUGUGAUUCGUGUAGUCACCGAUGACUCGGAGCCUACCACUCCCGAGUUUGAAGCCGAGGCUUACACCAAGUGCGAGCCAUGGCCACUCGUCAUCCCUACUCCUUCUACUGCUGUUCCCAAGUCCACCCCUAUCGAGAUCCGCCCCGAGAGCCCGGCGGUCCAGCUCGGAAAGCUCGUUGAUCAGGUGUUUGCCGAGGAGGAAGAGGACGACGAUGGCGGCGAAUGGAUCUACGGUCCUCCCUCAUACUACACAUCUCCCCCCGACUCUCCCCACAACACCCCAGCCCCCACUCCCCAAUACACCGACGACGAAUACGACGAGUCGGAAAUUGAAAUCGAACACUCCUUUGACUUGUCCACCGACCCUAUCGCGACCCACCACUUGCGAAACGAUCUAGAAAUCAUCCGUCCGUUCUCUCCCGACGCACCCGAGAUCACAUUCACACCACCGACCUGGGAAGCCUUUUUCGAAUGUAUGCCCCCUCAAGACGAAGCCUAUGGCCAACUCCUUGCCUUGCCCGGCUCCACCCCACUCGGCCCCGCCGAACUCGAACACAACACGCUGGUCAACCGUGCUCGCAUCCGGCGCAACCCAUGCUCGGGCGCGCAAGAGUGCAUGUGGCGCGGCCAGUGGACUCCGUGCUGCUGGGCGUGCGGAGGAGCCGCGGAGGGUAUGGACACCUCCCUCCCUGCCUCCCAGCGCACCGGAUGGUUCGUCCUCGCGGGCCAACGCUGGGUCAUGAUUCGCUCGUAA